GUUCACAUGCAGCAGCCAAAACACACUGAACAGGAUAAACAAAGAACACUGAAAAGACAGAGGAGAAACAAAGCAAGAAUAAUAAUGUUAUUCUCACUCUAGUAUUUGCCAUACUAAGGGGCCUCUUUUGGGAGCAGUAGCAAAGUGUGAGAGCGGGUAUAAGUAAGUUAACUUUGUCUACUCUCUAAGGUGGAGACAAAAUGAUGGAUGUUUAGAGUAGAGGGAUGUCCAUAGCAGCACUUCUGACCACUUCAAUUCUGCUGGCAGUAUUUGGAACUGAUGUUGCAUGUUCCAAGUUUGUAAGUAGCCUAGGGAGAGGAGACUGGUUCCACACUAAGAGGGCUGUCUCUUUUAGAGCAUCCAAACUGCGACUGUUGUGGUUUUGUUGCUUUAUGAACCCAUUUCUAGACAAUACAGAUGACUGUGUAUGUGUGAGCAGGAAACAGAGACCGCUUCAGAGCGAGAGCGGGAGGGAGAAACAGAGAGGUAUUGUAUAUGCGUAUGAGAGAAGAGAGUUAGUCAGAGGGAGAGAGGGAGAGGGUAACAAUUUGUGCCUGGGAGAGAGGGACCGAAGGAGAGAGACCAUAUAUGUACUGUAUGUCUAUAUGUGAGUAUUUGAAAGGGGGGGAUGCAUGUGUCUGUGUGAGACAGAGAGAGAGGAGGGAGAGAACGUAUAUCCUCUGGCCCUUGGUAAGUGUGCGUGAGGCUGAAUGGGAGCCAGGAAAAGGGGAAGGGCCUCGCGUCCGCCGACAAAAACAGCUGCCUGAGAGUACGCAGGAAAACAGUGCUUGGUAGAGGAUAGGGAGUGUGGGACAGGGAAAGAGAGAACAGGAGAAAGAGAGAGCGCCAGGGCCCACAUCUCUAUAUGGGUUGCGCCCUGAGUGCGGAGCCUUGCUGUGGGGAGGAAGCGGAGCCUGUGCCCUUGGUGAGAGGGUCACUGAAGCGUCGAGGUCCAGAGAGGUCCAACAGCGGCAAGAUGAAGCUGACCAAGACGGGCAAGGAAGAGCCCCAUGUCUUCAAGGAGAAGACUUUUAAGAAGAGGCGUCAGUGUGGGGUGUGUCGUCAGAGUGUGGACAGCACUGGAUCCUUCUGCCGAGUGUGUAAAACAGCCACUCACAAGAAAUGCGAGGCAAAGGUGACCACAGCAUGCAUCCCAGCUCCCCCGUCUGAUCUGCAGCGCAGAGGGACAGCUCCAUCCAGACACAUCCAACACCUGGGCUCCACAAAGUCUCUGACUUACACCAAACAGAGGACCACCCUCCCCAGGAGUUUCAGUGUGGACCGUGUGAUGGAAAGAGUCAUGGAGGGCCACUAUGACUUUGACCUGACAUAUAUCACAGAGAGGAUCAUCUCCGUGUUCUUCCCCCCUCUGCUGGACGAGCAGCGCUACCGUCUCAACCUCAAGGAGGUGACCGCCAUGCUCAAGUCCAAGCACCAGGACAAGUUUCUGCUCUUCAACCUCUCUGAACGACGCCAUGACAUCACCCGCAUGAAUCCAAAGGUCCAUGACUUCGGCUGGCCUGACCUCCAUGCCCCUCCCCUGGACAAGAUCUGUGCCAUGUGUAAGGCCAUGGAGACCUGGCUGACCUCCGACCCCCAGCAUGUGGUAGUCCUGCACUGCAAGGGCAACAAGGGCAAGACAGGAGUGAUUAUUGCAGCCUACAUGCAUUACAGCAAGAUCUCUGCAGGGGCAGACCAGGCCCUAAGCACACUGGCCAUGAGGAAGUUCUGUGAGGAUAAGGUCUCGUCCUCCCUCCAACCAUCCCAAAACAGGUAUAUCUACUACUUUGGGGGGCUCCUCUCUGGGGCAAUCAAGAUGAACAGCAGCCCGCUGUUCCUCCACCAGGUCCUCAUCCCCACACUCCCUAACUUCCAGGGUGAAGGAGGUUACUUCCCCUUCCUGAAGAUCUACCAGUCCAUGCAGCUGGUCUACACCUCAGGGAUAUAUGACUUGCAGGGUUCUGGGGGCAGAAGACUGUGUGUGACCAUUGAGCCUGCAUUGCUGCUGAAGGGAGACAUCAUGGUGAAAUGUUACCACAGACGGGCCCAGAGUGCAGAGAGAGACACAGUGUUCAGACUGCAGUUCCACACCUGUACCAUCCACGGGGCACAGCUGUGGUUCGGCAAGGGGGAGCUGGAUGAGGCCUGUACUGAUGAACGAUUCCCCUCUGAUGCAACUGUAGAGUUUGUCUUUUCCUCUGGACCAGAGAAGAUCAAAGGGCGUGAGUACCAGAGGAAUGACCCUGCUGUCACAGUGGACUACAACACAGCUGACCCAGUGGUGCGCUGGGACUCCUAUGAGAACUUCAACCAGCGCUACCAGGACAGUCUAGAAGACAUAGCCCACACCAGGGGUCCAGUGGAUGGCAGUCUGUACGCCCAGAUAAAGAAGCGUCGUUCAGGCCCAGGUUCAGGCUCCCUGACCUCCACCAAUGGGAGUCCAGCAGGCACCAGCGAGGAGAGGCCGAGUCAGAACCAGCUCCUCUCCCCUAGCUCUGACUCUCUCACUCACUCCGGCCUCUCUAGCCACUUCGGCCACUCUGCCCACUCGUCGGCCCUCCCAGAGCGUCCAGAAGAGCACAGAGGGCCCCCGCCCCCCACUCGCCAGGAGAAGGAGGAGCUGGAGCGCCUGCUGGGGGGCAUCGAGGGGGAGAGGGACAGCCGGGACAGAGAGAGGGAGACUGCCAUCCUGGAUGACGGGGACUCUUCCUCUCCCUCUGAGCGUACAAGUACCCUGAGGCUGGGCCGCUCCUGUUCCUGCCGGCUGGGCUACCACUCCCAGCACUGUGCCGAGCCCGGUUGUGACCGACUCCACCUCAUUCCCAACGGCUACUGCCUGGACAGAGCCCCGGGCACCAAUGGCCAUCCUGGGGCACCGCCCUCGGCUAACCCUGCCACUGUCCCCUCACACAUGGACCUGUGCCAGCACUACAGUCCCCACUCUCACCCACAUCAGGCCCUGCCUCCCCCUGACCUGGUGUGGGACCGCCAGCAGGGCCCGCCACACUACCUGCACCGCUCCUGCUCUGAGGGACCCUCUCGUCACCCCUCUCUGUGCCCCUAUCCAUCCCAGGAGCUGACCCCCCACUCCCACCCACACACCCUUCCUCCCGGGCGCCUGCUCUGUAGAAGUGAUGACUAUGGGCCGUACCACCAACCUCCCUCACACACCCAUCACCACCCUCACCACGCCAAGCCCUCCGGCCCCUACCACGACAUGCUGCUGCUGGACGGCCUGCCGCCCCCUGGCUGCCCCUGCCGGGACUGCCUCAUCAGGAGGGAGGACUCAGCCUUCCAAGGCCUGCGGCUGGAGCGAGGAGAGAGCUUCCACUGGGACAGAGAGGCAGAGCUGCAACAUCGUGAAGCAGGGCUGAGGAGGGGGAGGGAGUCUGAGCUGCCCAGAGGGGCAGAGAUGCACUGGGAGAGGGAGACAGUGGGACUGAGAAGAGGCAGGGAGAUGUCACUGCAUUGGGACAGGGAGGCGGAGCUCCAAUGGGAGAGGGAGAGAGAGGCCGACUAUUGGCACAGGAGGGCUACAGUGUCUUCCUACGGGCUCCAGGGACACGAGCUCCCUGCCUUCACCUUUGACCCCCUGCCGUCCGGCCACCCUGCGUACCCAGAGGCGUCUCGCUCCCACGCCCACUCCCACCUGGACCUGAAGUACAGUAGCAGCAGCAGUGGCUACCAGACCCCCCACCAGGCCUGCCCCUGCUCCCCCUACCAGCCCUCCCCCUCUGAAAGCAGGGGCUACGCCUCAGGCUACCAGUCUGAGUCCACCUCCCCUCUGCCCCCUCCCUCCACCCUGUCAGGCCCCUGCAGCCACACCACAGGGCCAGCAGACCACCACCCUGAAGCCCACCCUCAGCAGUACCUCUCCGACAGCCAGACAGAUGGAAGGGGGAUGAGUGAGAAUGUGGGUUGGAGGGACCACAUCUCCCAAGGUUCCUUCAAGAGGAUGCAUCGAGAUGCCCAUGUACCGUGUUCCACGCCUUCUGACCGCUCUGGGCCACCCACUCCUGUUCAUACCAGCAGCCCUCUACGCACACAAGAAAGGCCCAGUCUAGGUGUGCAAGAGUAUGAAGUUCGAUCAACUGACAUAGUCAACAGUGACAUUCAAUCUGCCCAGUCUCAGGAUAGGCCCAAUAGUACUGUUGCUCAGGUGUCUCAGCUCAACCAGCAACACAUCCCUGACCCCUCACAGUCUACAUCCGUGACACCCACACCUUCCCCCACCCAACUCAACAGCCACUGCACCACACCGACACAACCACACUCACCUACAACCAGCCAGCCCAGCAACCACUGCCUCCCUGUAUCACCCAUUCAGACCCCCCCUGAGAAAGCUAGCCCAACUGGUCAAGAGACCACCCUUCCUACAGAGACUGCUGCACUGCCUCCUCUUGCCCAGCACCAGCCCCCCAGCCCUGCAACUGGCACACCAGGACCCUGUCCAGGCCAGGGCCAACUGAACGGAGCAUGUCCACCCAGGGAGCUGACUCCAGAGGUCCCUAAACCCUGCUCCACCCCCACUUCGGCCCAUUCCUCCCCCCAGCCUCCCAUCAGCAGUCUGGAGGGCUCCCCCUCCUCAGAGCCUCCUGUGCCCGGCUUCGCCACCCUGGGCCGGAGGCUGAUGCUGGGCACUGAGCCCCCAGGACCCCUGCAGCACUACCCUGGCAUGGAAAGCAGCGCCAGUGGGCACUCUCCAGCCCCUGAGGUACAUGACACCCCAACCUUCCCCACCUCUGCCACCGGCUGCUGUGCCCAAUCUGUCCCCCAUGUGCCAUACUCGGGCGACACUGCUGUCACCAUCCCCCAGCCCCUACUCCCAGAGAAACGGCGGCAGCCUGCCCAGCCAGGGUCACCUAACGGCGGGGUGGGUACCCUGAGGCCCUCCCUCUCACAGCACCAUGUCACCUUCUCUCCAACGGUGGGGGAGAUGGCACUCCCUGCAGGCCAAGGAGAAGGAACUCUAUCUCUGGAGGGGGAGAUGGCAGGCAGAGUCAGUGUUAAGUUUGUCCAGGACAGCUCACGCUUCUGGUACAAGCCUGGCAUCUCCAGGGACCAAGCCAUAGCUGCGCUGAAGGAGAGAGAACCAGGGGUGUUUCUUAUCCGGGACAGCAACUCCUUCCAAGGUGCCUAUGGCCUGGCACUGAAGGUGGCCAUCCCGCCCACUAAUGUCAACAACAACAGCAGCAAAGCCAAUCCAUUAGAGCAGCUGGUGCGACACUUCCUGAUUGAGACGGGACCCCGUGGAGUGAAGAUCAAAGGGUGUCAGAAUGAGCCCCAUUUUGGGAGUUUGUCUGCAUUGGUGUACCAGCACUCCAUCACUCCCAUUUCCCUACCCUGUUCCCUACGGAUCCCAGAAAAAGAUCCCAUUGGAGAAAUGCAGGCACUGCAGUCGACUGCCAGUAACAUCAGCACUGCUGCAGACCUGCUCAAACAGGGUGCAGCCUGCAACGUGCUCUACCUGAAUUCUGUGGAGACUGAGUCACUGACCGGACCCCAGGCCAUCUCCAAGGCAACCGGAGCCACACUGGCACGAAACCCCCAGCCAGUGGCCACAGUGGUCCACUUUAAAGUGUCUUCACAGGGCAUCACACUGACCGACAGCCAGCGCAGGGUGUUCUUCAGGAGACACUACCCAGUCAACAGUGUGACCUUCAGCAGUAUCGACCCCCAGGACAGGAGGUGGACUAACACAAACAGCACAACAUCGAAGGUGUUUGGGUUUGUAGCCAAAAAGCCAGGCAGCAUGGCAGAAAACGUGUGUCAUCUGUUUGCUGAGCUCGACCCAGAGCAGCCAGCCUCAGCCAUCGUUAACUUCAUCAACAAGGUGAUGUUAGGGCCGCAGCGCAGAUAGAGAACAAAGCCAAGGACCCAUCACCGAUUUUACACUGUCAACAGUGUUACAACUCCCAGAGAGGAGGCUUCAGAAACUAAUGCUUUACAGACCCACAAAGCACCAUUGGUGGUGGCCUCUUCUCAAAGUGAGUUUUGGACCCCAAAGGCUCAACAUUUCAAACAUGACUGCCAUUUUGAAUUAUAGUCAAAAUGUAUUCGUUGUUUAAAUUUCUAAUGUGUAAAAAUGCCUUAUAAAAGGUCCAAUGCAGCCGUUUUUAUCUCAAUAUCAAAUCGUUUCUGGGUAACAAUUAAGUACCUUACUGUAAU